AUGAAAUAUAUACAGGUGCAACACUAGGCAGUAUCCAAUGUGCGAGUGCCAGUUUGAGAAAUUGAGACUAUUUGAGACUGCUGUUUUGCAAGUUACAACUUUUGCAUUUCGUUCGGCGCAGUGUAGCUAAGAUAAUUUUAUUUUCAUAACCUUAAUUUUUAAAUCAAAAUAACACCGAAGGAAAAACUUACGUGUAAGAUUGUAAAAAGCAAAGCAGUUUCAUAAAUCAUAAUUUUACGAAUAAUUUGUAUCAACUGAAAACCAUUUCAUGCACCUAACGUUUUCAUCAUUUUACAAAAAUGUCACCUAAAAAAAGUGUUAAAAAUCAGCGAUCUAAGAGAAAGAGUACAGAAAAACUACAAAACAAGAAAGAAAAACCUGAAUUCAAUAUGCCUACCAACAUUAAAGUUAGCAUACCUAUACGGAAUAACAUUGGGAACACAGAAGAAGGAAUUCACUUCCCGAUUGUUCGAGGGAAGCGACCUCCCCAGUUCAAGAAGCACUUGGAUACAAAAACUCAAUUAGAUCUCGCAAAUACAGUUGCAAGACAACAACUAAUUAAGGAAGAACCACCAAUAUUUCAGUUAGACAAUAUAGUUAUAAUUCAAAAACCAAUGAAAAAAGGAAGAAAAAGAAAAAAUACUGACUAUUACGAUGAAGACGUAGCUAUGGAGCAUAUGGACAAUAAUGCAGAAAACAUUGUGACUUCAACUGAUACUAAAUCUCAAAAAAUAAAAGUACCUACCAAACCAACAAUUACAAGAAGAAUUGUCACUAGAAAAAGGUUGGCUGACUCAACAGCCAAUAGUCAACCGACAUCUUCAAAAAAAGCAAAAGUAGACACUAAAUUACCAAAAACUGAAAUAAUACCAGAAAAACCUAUUGCUGAUGAUGAUGAGAUUGUACCUGACAGUAAACCAAUACCCAAUACCUCCUUGCCGCAGGUUAAACCUGCGGCAAGGAGAGGUAGAUCUGCAGUGAAACCACUGCGGCCUAGAGCCAAUAAACCAGCACCAAAGUGCCGUGUUGCACUCAGGAGAGGAUCCAAAGGUAAGCAAGAAAACGCAGACCCUUCUAAUAAAUUACCUCCAAUACCUGACCAACCCAAAACAUCGGCAAAAAUAGACACAGAAACCGAAAAUGCCCAGCAAUGCAACUCAGCACCGAUAGAUUCCAGAAAGACAUCUGUCAGCAGUUGCUCUAACCUGUCGUGGACUAAAGAUAUAUCUAGCUCGAGCAACACAACGUGUAUUACAGCAUGUUCCAAUGAUUUUGUCCGUAUCAAUAAGAAGUUACCAAUGUUAGUUCUCAAUAAUAUUGAUAAUGACAUUACAAACAAACUAACAAGUACCCAACAGCUUCAGAACCGUACAGAAGUUGUUCCACCGGCUGAUCCAAUUGACUCUGAUGACUCUUCAUCAGACUUCUCUGAUUCUGAUGAUUCGGACAGCGAGGAAAAUUAUUCUGAUCCCAUAAAUGACAUAAUAGAUGGUAACUCCAUCAAUCUAAGCACCUCCUCUCAGCCUAGUAGCCGCAUCCCAGACGAUAUCAAUAAACAAAACUCUAAGGAUUAUACUAAAAUAACUGACACACUAAUUAUGUUAGUAGAGAAGUUAGAUAUGGAAAUAAUAAAUUGGAUUAGCUCAGAUAAUGAACAGAAUAACGCAAACCUUGUGAAAUUCAAAGACAAAAUGUUUGAUAUUUUGGAUGAUGAAUUUGGUGUAAUCACACAUUGUAGUCGUCUCAAACAUAUCUUAGAUCCCGACAAUACAGAAGAUGCUGCCGUUGAAUGUAUCCCUAAAAUCGUUGAAAGAGCAAUCGUAGAAAACAAAAUCGUUCAUAAAGAUACGCCACCAACUCUGGUUAAAGAAACUACCAAGGCUCCUGAAAAGGACUUUGUGGAACCUAGACCUCUUCCUCUUAGGAAAUCAUCAAUAAAUCUUGAGAACUAUGCUUCGAGUGCGAACGCUAAAGUUCCGAGAGACGAAUUUUUUGAAGACGACAUGCAUGCUGUCACCUCUAAGAAUAACUACAGCUAUGAUCAUCAUGAUGACGACGAUGCACUCUCUUUGUUCGCUGAAAGCAUAACGGGUUUUGAAUCUUCUAGAAUGAAUACAUCGAUUGUUUCGUACCCCGCGUACAAUGCGCGCCCAGUCGAGGAGUACAUUCCAAGACCUGUUACUGAAAUCUCCCCUUCAAACGUAGAAAAACAUACUUACCUUCCGACCAAAAUCGCAGACGCUGAAGUAUCAGCAUCUAAAAUUAAAUCUGUUAUUGAAAAACAAAAUGCGGAUUCAACGUCUAUUUAUAAACAAAGUAAUAGCACAGAGGACGCUGACGCUGAAAGUUACGAAGACUUUAGUGAGAAUAUAGAAUUGAAUGCUAGAGUAGGACCAUCCGAUGUGGAAAAGACACCGCGUCUAAUGGACAAUAUCAUUGAAAGGAAUCCACGCGCGCGGAGCAUUGUGUUCUCCAACUUAUGUUUCUACAACUUAUUGAACUGUUGCCGCAAGGUAUACUCGGGCCAGUGUCGCUUUCUGCACGUGAUACCUACCUGCGAGCAAAUUAAAGCAAAGCUUAGUGUGUUAGACGAAAGGUUGUUGAUACAAGAGUACAUGCUGCUAAGGAACUGGACGGAGAUCAGGAGGAGGUUCGGCAUGUGCUAUGUCGAGGAAUGUGCGAAACGUGGUCUCACUCGGAUACUCGUUGAAAUGGCUUACGACUUCAUCGUAAAAGCUAGAAAUGAUUCUGAAGAAGACACACGGAUUAGAGUAAAUACUAUAGAAAUAACUUUAUUGCAUUUGAACUCUGUUGACUUGUGUAUAUGUGAGGAUUUGUUAAAACUGCCCGUCCACGCAGAACAGGGCAACAAGACACUGCUGUGCGACGUGUUUAUGGCCACGAUGUCUAUAACGCAAAACUUUUCAAGAUUCAAAAUAGUGUUCUUAACUCUUACUUAUUUCAUGGUGGAUAACGACAGGACGUUUAACAAGGAUGUGGUCGAACACAUCUUGGAGCGCGUGUGUAUAUUGCCGUUCGAAGAGCCGAUAGCGAAGGCUUUGAUACAGAUGAUGCGGUUGACGAACUGUGCUAUUUUUAACAACUCAAUGAUAGGGAUGUUUGAGAAGCAAAUAUCUGUGAACAAGGACGUGUUGGAAGAGUACAUGUUGCUGAAGAACCAGUAUGCCUUCUCAUCGAUGCUGGCGUCAUCGAUGAUAGCGGAGUGCUCGCAGCUGAAGCUGGACAAGCCGCAGUCGGUGCAGUCGGACGCGGGCGACGGACAGCCGCCGGCGGCGUCGCCCGACACCACCAACAUCAGCAACGUGCAGAACCAACCGUCCGAAGAGCCUCCGGUACCGGUCAUAACACGGACUAUAAGCAUGGGCCCACCAAUUACGUUCAACCACUCUCCAACGAAGCAAAGUCCAUUCUAUGGUCAGGAGAACCCUCGGGGCCCGCGGCCUACGUUUGUGUCGCCUAAUGACAACAACACAAAGAAAUAUUGGCGGCAUCGGUCGAUAUUUAACAAUAUUAUGCGUCCUCCAACGGUCACGCCGCGCACCCAUAUAAUGAGACCUCCGAUGCUCCCUCAAAUGCGAUCUCGGCCGCGACCUAACUUUAACCAGCGGCUGGUGACGUUCAGGAGCCCUUCUAGCUAUAUGAACAGACCACCCGGACCCAAGUACUCAAAUUCCUCACCAAAGUAAGUCAGUUAAGUUUUCAAUGUAAAAAUACUUUUAAAAAAUACCUAAGCUACCUACAAUGUUGUAAUUAUAGGUAUUUAAGCCUUACUCUUUACCU